AGAAUGCUCUUCAAGGCUCUGGUUGGACUCCUACUUGCUACUUCACACAACUUCUUGGCAGCAGAAGGUGCCUGCAACUUCCCGCCCGACUACCUACCUCCGGACCUAAGCAGCAUCACAAACACCGCAAUUCAAGACACAGUCUACGUCUACACUGACACGUUUGGAAACUGCAGUGGAUGUGUGACAGAGCUAAGUGUCUGUUACGUUGCCUACUCGACUCCCAACCCGAUGAAAGUUUUCGUCGUCGAUGAUGAGAACACGAUUGUCCACGUGCACAGCUUUACCGGCCCAACCACCAGCACUGAAAACAUGGACACGUACUGCGAGCCAUUCGGAUCCUUUUCUCUGUGUUGUUCUUAUCUGCCGCUGGCACCAUCGGAACAGUUUGUGGUUCGGAGUACCGAUCACUAUGGCGUGUGGUACAGCGAGCAGUUAGCCUUUCGUGCAAGUAACGAGGAGCGAGGACACUACGUUACUCCGGAACUGACACCACUUGAAGUCGGGGUGAACAUUAACUCCAGCAUAUACGACAUCCUAAAGAUCUACUUCCACCUAAUCAUCUCACCAGGUAUCAAAUAUUGGUGGCUGAAAACGUAAAUUUCACGAACAAUCGCUAAUCGCCCAAAAGAGGAAAUUAACGAAAUUGAUUUUAAAAAUGUAUUUACAUACUGUAGGUAGAUAUCUGGUACUAAAAAGCAAAAC